GGGCUUUAUUAUUUUAGCAUCCCGGGCAGCAGGUUUCUGCUAAGUUUGGAGUUACGCGCCCCCACGACUGUAUGCCCGCGUCCCUCAGGUCCUAGCUCCACCACCUCCACCGACCCGACAGGGACUUUGAAACACAAGGAGUCUGCAUGUCGAGCAAGUAGACAUGCUCAGCUUUGUGGAUACACGGAUUUUGUUGCUGCUCGCAGUAACUUCAUGCCUAGCAACCAGUCAAUAUGUAAAUGAGGCAACGGCAGGACGGAGGGGCCCAAGAGGAGACAAAGGGCCACAAGGAGAAAGGGGUCCACCAGGUUCUCCAGGCAGAGAUGGUGAAGAUGGUCCACCAGGCCCUCCAGGCCCCCCUGGUCCUCCCGGUCUUGGCGGAAACUUUGCUGCUCAAUACGACAUAUCCAAAUCUGCUGAUUAUGGCCCCGGACCUAUGGGUAUAAUGGGACCCAGAGGCCCACCUGGACCAAAUGGACCUCCUGGUUCUCCUGGCUACCAAGGACCUCCUGGUGAACCUGGCGAACCUGGCCAAACAGGUCCUCAGGGUGCUCGUGGUCCAAUGGGUCCUCCUGGAAAGGCUGGUGAAGAUGGUCAUCCUGGGAAACCUGGAAGACCUGGGGAGAGGGGCCCUUCUGGACCUCAGGGUGCUCGUGGCUUUCCUGGAACACCUGGUCUGCCUGGCUUCAAAGGAAUAAGGGGCCACAAUGGUUUGGAUGGUCGGAAGGGAGAACCUGGUACUGCCGGUAACAAGGGUGAACCUGGUGCUGCUGGUGAAAAUGGUACCCCAGGACAGCCUGGUGCUCGUGGUGCCCCUGGUGAAAGAGGAAGAGUUGGUGCUAAUGGCCCUGUUGGUGCUCGUGGUGCUGAUGGAAGCAAUGGUCCUACUGGUCCUGCUGGUCCCAUUGGUGCUGCUGGACCUCCAGGAUUCCCAGGUGGUCCUGGAGCCAAGGGUGAAAUUGGUGCUGUUGGUAACCCUGGCCCAUCUGGUCCUGCCGGUCCCCGUGGUGAGGCUGGACUCCCUGGUGCAAGUGGCCCUGUUGGUCCUGCAGGCAACCCUGGCACCAACGGCAUUAAUGGUGCUAAAGGAGCAGCUGGUCUUCCUGGUGCUGCUGGUCCUCCAGGCUUGCCAGGCCCUCGUGGUAUCCUUGGAGCUCCUGGCCCCUCUGGCCCUGCCGGUGCUCGAGGACUUACUGGUGAGCCUGGCCCUGCUGGAUCCAAGGGAGAAACUGGUAGUAAGGGUGAGCCUGGUUCUGCUGGCCCAGCUGGCCCUCAAGGUCCAAGUGGUGAGGAAGGCAAACGGGGUUCCACCGGUGAGCCUGGAUCUUCUGGUCUUCCUGGCCCUGCGGGUUUAAGAGGUGUUCCUGGAUCUCGUGGUCUCCCUGGAUCUGAUGGCAGAGCUGGUGUUAUUGGACCUGCCGGCAACCGUGGUGCUACUGGUCUACCUGGUGCUAAAGGUCCCAACGGUGAUACAGGUCGCCCUGGUGAACCUGGUCUGAUGGGUGCAAGAGGUCUCCCUGGUCAAUCUGGAAGCCCAGGACCUGCUGGCAAAGAAGGUGCUGUUGGUCUGCCUGGUGCUGAUGGUCGUGCUGGCCCCAUUGGUCCAGCUGGUCCAAGAGGUGAACCUGGCAACAUAGGAUUCCCAGGACCAAAAGGUCCCAAUGGUGAACCUGGCAAACCUGGUGACAGAGGCAACGUUGGUGUUACCGGCUCACGGGGUGCACCUGGUCCUGAUGGAAACAAUGGAGCUCAGGGAGCACCUGGUGUCAUUGGCAAUCCUGGUCCUAAAGGUGACGCUGGUCCAGCUGGUCCUCCUGGCUUCCAAGGCCUUCCAGGUCCCUCUGGCCCAGUUGGUGAAGCUGGCAAGCCUGGUGAAAGGGGUAUUCAUGGUGAAUUUGGUCUCCCUGGUCCUGCUGGUUCAAGAGGUGAGCGCGGCCCUCCAGGUGAAAGCGGUGCCACUGGUCCUGUUGGUCCCAUUGGAAGCCGUGGUCCCUCUGGUGCUCCAGGACCUGAUGGUAACAAGGGCGAGCCCGGUAAUGUUGGUGCAGCUGGUGCCCCAGGACCAGCUGGUUCUAACGGAAUCCCUGGAGAAAGAGGUGCUGCUGGCAUGCCAGGAGGCAAAGGUGAAAAGGGCCCAACAGGCUUCAGAGGAGAACCUGGAGCAACAGGAAGAGAUGGUUCCCGUGGUAUCCCUGGGGCUGUUGGUGCUCCUGGACCUGCUGGAGGUGCUGGUGAAAGGGGUGAAGCUGGUCCUGCUGGUCAAGCUGGUCCCCCAGGAUCUCGUGGCAUACCUGGUGAACGUGGUGAAGUUGGUCCCGCUGGCCCCCAGGGAUUUGCUGGCCCUCCUGGUGCAGCUGGUCAACCCGGUGCCAAAGGAGAAAGAGGUCAGAGAGGACCCAAAGGUGAUGUAGGACCCCAGGGUGCCAUUGGUGCCGUCGGUAACGCUGGUCCUGCUGGUCCCCUUGGCGCUGCAGGUCCUGCUGGUACUCGUGGUGAUUCUGGUCCACCUGGUAUGACUGGCGCACCUGGUAGUGCUGGCAGACCUGGACCUCCUGGCCCUGCUGGUAUCAGUGGCCCUCCUGGCCCCCCUGGUCCCGCUGGCAAAGAAGGCAUUAGAGGGCCCCGUGGUGACACUGGACCCACUGGCCGUAGUGGUGAAACUGGUAUUUCUGGGCCACCUGGUUUCCAAGGCGAGAAAGGUCCCAGUGGAGAAAGUGGUGCUGCUGGUCCCCCUGGUACCCCAGGUCCUCAGGGUAUUCUUGGAGCUCCCGGUAUCCUUGGUCUUCCUGGCUCUAGAGGAGAACGUGGUCUCCCAGGCAUUGCUGGAGCAGUUGGUGAACCUGGUCCUCUUGGUAUAGCUGGCCCCCCAGGCGCCCGUGGUGCUCCUGGUCCCAUUGGCUCCCCUGGCGUGAAUGGUGCUCCCGGUGAAGCUGGACGUGAUGGAAACCCAGGUAAUGAUGGUGCUCCAGGCCGCAAUGGUGCUCCUGGUUACAAGGGUGAACGUGGUGCUCCUGGAAGUCCUGGCCCUGUCGGUGCUGCUGGUGCUCCUGGCGCCCACGGGAUUGUUGGUCCUGUUGGCAAAACUGGAAAUCGUGGUGAACCCGGUCCUGUCGGUCCCGCUGGUUCCACCGGUCCCGCUGGUCCAAGAGGACUUCCUGGCCCACAAGGUCCCCGUGGUGAGAAAGGUGUUGUUGGCGACAAGGGACCCAGAGGUCUGCCUGGGUUGAAAGGACACAAUGGACUUCAGGGACUUCCUGGCAUCGCUGGUCAUCAUGGAGAGCAAGGUCCAUCCGGUAUCCCAGGUCCUGCUGGCCCAAGGGGCCCUGCUGGUCCUUCUGGUCCUGCUGGAAAAGACGGUCGCAACGGUUUGCCUGGACCUGUAGGCCCUGCUGGUGUGCGUGGAUCUCAAGGUAGCCAAGGACCUUCUGGUCCACCAGGACCACCCGGUCUUCCUGGCCCAGCUGGUCCCAAUGGCGGUGGAUAUGAGAUUGGCUAUGACAUGGAAUACUACCGGGCAGAUCAGCCUUCUCUUAGAUCCAAGGACUACGAAGUUGAUGCCACUCUGAAAUCAUUGAACAACCAAAUUGAGACCCUCCUCACCCCAGAAGGCUCUAGAAAGAACCCAGCUCGCACUUGCCGUGACUUGAGACUCAGCCAUCCUGACUGGACCAGCGGAUUCUACUGGAUUGAUCCUAACCAAGGCUGCAUCCUGGAUGCUAUUAGAGUAUAUUGUGACUUCUCCACUGGCGAGACAUGCAUCCAUGCCAAUCCAGAAACUAUCCCAGCUAAGAACUGGUACAUUAGCAAAAACCCUGCUGAGAAGAAACACAUUUGGUUCGGAGAAACUAUCAAUGAUGGUACUCAGUUUGAAUACAAUGACGAGGGUGUGACUUCCAAGGACAUGGCCACUCAACUUGCCUUCAUGCGGCUCCUGGCCAACCAUGCCUCUCAGAACAUCACUUACCAUUGCAAGAACAGCAUUGCUUACAUGGAUGAGGAGACAGGCAACCUUAAGAAGUCACUGAUACUGCAGGGAUCCAACGAUGUUGAAUUACGAGCUGAAGGCAACAGCAGGUUUACUUUCAGUGUUCUUGAAGAUGGCUGCUCUAAAAAGAACAACAAAUGGGGCAAAACGAUUAUUGAAUACAGAACUGAUAAGCCAUCUCGCUUACCCUUCCUUGACAUUGCACCUUUGGACAUUGGUGGCGCUGACCAAGAAUUCGGUGUGGACCUUGGCCCGGUCUGUUUCAAAUGAAUGAACUCUAACUAACUUAAACCAAAACAACAAAAAAUAUUCUCUCUUUGCCAUUUCUUUUUUUUUUUAAAUACUGAAAGCUGACUCCUUCCAUUUCCUCUGUUCAUCUACUUGCUUAAACUCUUGGCGAAAGAGAAGGAGAAGGAUUUUUUAUUGGAACGUUGCACAAUGCAAUUUAAUACAGCCCCCCCAACAAGGAAUCGGAAGGUGUGUGGUGUUUUUUUUCAAGAGUAUGUCAUCUUGUUGUGGAAAAUGUCAGCCUUUGUGUAAAACUGAAAAAAAA